GUCGUGGUGAAGAUGGUAUUGGCUCCAUGAGCACCCUCGUGGAUCACUUGUUCCACUACAUUAAUGGCAAGGAACUCAAUAAUGAUAGCCUCCAUCUUUUCUCAUCAUCAGCUGAUGAGCUCACUCGAAAUGCUGGACAGAUUAUUGAUGGGAAUGUACUGAACAUUGACGUUACUGCACCAGGGGCCGUAAUUGCUCUGGCAUUGAUGUAUUUGAAGACAGAAUCUGAGAUGGUAGUAUCUCGGCUGUCUAUCCCCCAAACUCAGUUUCAGUUGCAGUACGUGAGGCCUGAUUUUAUAGUGCUCCGUGUAAUUGCUCGGAAUUUGAUAAUGUGGAGCAGCAUUCAUCCAUCAGAAGACUGGAUCAAGUCACUGAUACCUGAAGUUGUUAGAAGUGGCCUAAAGGGCCUUGGAGAUGUGAUUGAUGAUAUAUAUGAGAUGGAUGCUGAAGCCUUCGUUCAGGCAUAUGCAAAUAUAGUGGUUGGAGCAUGCAUAUCUCUAGGGUUGCGAUUUGCUGGUACAAGAGACGGAAAUGCACAAGAAGUGCUUUACAAAUAUUCUCUAUACUUUCUGAAUGAG